AUUUGUGUAUGUGAAAGCCAUCAUGCUUUAGUGUGAGCGUUCACACCAUCUUUCAGACAUUUUGUCGAACAGUUCAAAGGCAACGACUUUCUCUACCAGAUGCCCCCAUUUUUUGUCUCUUUCUUUCUCUCUAUAUAUGAAACUCACUUCUCUUCCUCAACCCGAACAACCAAAUUACUCAUCUCCUCACUCUGUUUACAAUUUCCUCAGCCAAAUGGACGACAGCUUCAGCAACAGCGCCAAGAGAAGGCGCCGAAGAAAGGAUGGUCUCGACGAUAACAGAGAUUCCAACACCACCACCAACAACAACAAUCAUGGAGGUGGUAUCGAUGAAUCGAUCAAGAAACAAGAAGGUAACAAAACCAAGGGUUUGAAAGAGAUUAUAACCUCACUUUUGUUGCUUGACGAGCAAGAAAAACUUGAUUCCGAAGAGUGGUCAAAGUCCCACCAAGAAGAGAAGCUCUUAUUCGAGUCCAAUCACAAGAAAAAGACCCGUGCUAUGUUCGAUUACUACAACAAAUUUCAGGGUUGUUACGAUGAUUUGGAUCAAAGUGAUGGGUUGAGGAGGAUGAGGCGGAGGAAAUCAAGAGCUGCCACGGCUGCUGCUGCGGUGGUCACGGCGGAGCCCGAUCAGAAAGGGAGCGACGGCAGCGGAGGAGGAGCGGCGGUGGCGGUGCAGCAGAGGAGGUUGUGGGUGAAGAGCCGAUCACAGGCGUGGUGGGACCAAUGUAACAGUGCUGAAUUUCCAGAGGAAGAGUUCAGGAAAGCGUUUCGGAUGGGGAAAGAGACUUUUGACAUGAUCUGCAAUGAGCUGAGCUCUGUGGUAGCCAAAGAAAACACAACCCUAAGAGAUGCAGUGCCGGUUAGACAACGCGUGGCGGUGUGUAUAUGGCGGUUAGCCACGGGAGAGCCUCUGAGGCUUGUCUCCAAGAAAUUUGGUUUGGGCAUCUCUACUUGUCACAAGCUUGUUCUUGAGGUUUGUUCUGCUAUAAAGACUGUGUUAAUGCCUAAAUAUUUGCAAUGGCCCGAGGAAGAAUCAGCGAGAACAAGGAUUAUGGGUGAUUUUGAAUCUGUUUCCGGGAUACCCAAUGUGAUUGGAUCAAUGUAUACUACACAUAUACCAAUCAUUGCUCCUAAGAUUAGUGUGGCGGCUUAUUUCAAUAAGCGGCAUACAGAGAGGAAUCAAAAGACUUGUUAUUCGAUUACAGUUCAAGGUGUGGUUGAUUCGAAAGGGGUUUUCACUGAUGUGUGCAUUGGUUGGCCUGGUUCAAUGCCUGAUGAUCAGGUUUUGGAGAAAUCAGCUCUUUACCAAAGGGCUAAUGGAGGGCUUUUGAAGGGUGUUUGGGUUGUUGGGAAUUCUGGGUAUCCUCUAAUGGAUUGGGUUUUGGUGCCUUAUACCCAGCAGCAUUUGACAUGGACUCAACAUGCUUUCAAUGAGAAGAUUGGGGACAUUCAGAAGGUUGCGAAAGAGGCUUUCACGAGGUUGAAAGGGCGGUGGACUUGCUUGCAAAAGAGAACAGAGGUGAAACUUCAAGACUUGCCGGUGGUUCUUGGGGCGUGUUGCGUGCUGCACAAUAUUUGUGAAAUGACGGAUGAACCGGCAGAGUUCACGUGCGAUCUCAUUGACGAUGAGAUGGUCCCUGAGAUUGGUUUGAGAUCAGCAAGCGCAAUGAAAGCAAGGGAUGCAAUUGCACAUAAUCUUUUGCAUCAUAACCAUGCUGGUACUUCUUUUCUAUAAUGAAAAAAGAUGUGCAUUUUGUUCUCUGAAGAUUGCAUUUUUGUAUGUCAAGUUAGGUUUUUAGAAUCAUACAAUAGAGAUUCAUCAGAAUUUGUCAAAAGGGGUUUUGUGGAAGAUGUAUUUGCCCCUUCACAAAUAGAUGAAUGUUCUAUUUUAGACUGAAUUUAUACCCAAUAUACAUAGAGAUAUGUUUUGUAACCUGGUUCCCAUGUAGUUCAAUGACCUAUUAAAUUAACAAACUAGAAUGAAUGAAAUUUAGGAUUAAAAAAACAUUCUUCUGUAUCAUUAUUUUUGCUUCCAAUGUAUUAUUUCUUGUACUUUAGAUGUUUUA